GGUCCUUGAGACAGGGGCUUGCGGUGUUGAACAAAAAGAAGUUAGCCGCGGCUGCGUUUGGUUCGGUAGUGUAAGCACACUCAGAUACUGAAAAUCUUUUCUUUAACUUACCCUGUAAACACAAGAAAUUCCACCGUCAAAUCAGGAUAAGUUGGGCCGAGGAGGGACCGAAGAGCCAACAAUGAUAACGUCUGCCGCUGGAAUUAUUUCACUCCUUGAUGAGGAUGAGCCCCAGCUUAAGGAGUUUGCUCUGCACAAGCUGGAUGCCAUCGUGAAUGAUUUCUGGGCUGAGAUUUCGGGAUCUGUAGAUAAGAUUGAGGUACUGUAUGAGGACGAGUCUUUCCGGAGCAGGGAAUUUGCAGCCUUGGUGGCCUCUAAGGUUUUCUACCAUCUUGGAGCCUUUGAAGAGUCUUUAAACUAUGCUCUUGGUGCAGGAGAUCUUUUCAGUGUUACAGAUGACUCAGAAUAUGUGGAGACCAUCAUUGCCAAAUGCAUCGACCACUACACCAAGCUGCGGGUGGAGAAUACUGAGCUGCCAGAGGGCGAGGAGAAGAAAAGCAUCGACCCCCGUCUCGAGGGCAUUGUCAACAAGAUGUUUCUGCGUUGCCUAGACGAUCACAAGUAUAAACAGGCCAUUGGCAUCGCCCUGGAAACUAGACGUCUGGACAUGUUUGAGAAGACCAUCUUAGAAUCGAAUGAUGUGAGUGGCCUCCUUGCCUACAGCUUGAAGGUGUGCAUGUCCCUGAUGCAGAACAAGAAGUUCCGUAAUGAGGUGCUGAGGGUGCUGGUCAAACUCUACAUGAACCUGGAAAAACCUGAUUUCAUCAAUGUCUGUCAGUGCCUGAUAUUCCUGGACGACCCACAAGCUGUGAGUGACAUCCUGGAGAAGCUGGUGAAGGAGGACAACUUGCUAAUGGCUUACCAGAUCUGUUUUGACCUCUAUGAGAGUGCCAGCCAGCAGUUCCUGUCUUCUGUCAUUCAGAACUUGCGUACUGUUGGGACACCUAUUCCUGCAGUCCCUGGCUCCACAAAUACAGGCACUGUGCCCACGCCAGACAAAGAGAGUGAUGCAAUGGAGACUGAUGACAAAGCUGGCAGCUCCCCUGCUGGAAAGCCUGCAGAAACGAAAGAUGAGUCCAAAGACCAGAACGCAAAGAUGAUCAAGAUCCUCAGUGGGGAAAUGGCCAUUGAACUGCACCUGCAAUUCUUAAUCCGAAAUAACAAUACAGAUCUAAUGAUUCUCAAAAACACAAAGGAUGCAGUUCGAAAUUCAGUGUGUCACACAGCUACGGUUAUAGCCAACUCUUUCAUGCACACAGGAACCACAAGUGACCAGUUCCUCAGAGAAAAUUUAGAAUGGCUGGCAAGAGCAACAAACUGGGCAAAAUUCACAGCCACAGCAAGUCUGGGUGUCAUCCACAAGGGUCACGAAAAAGAGGCGCUCCAGUUAAUGGCCACCUACUUGCCCAAAGAUACCUCUCCUGGCUCUGCCUACCAGGAAGGAGGCGGCCUGUAUGCCCUGGGCCUUAUUCAUGCCAACCACGGUGGGGACAUUAUUGAUUACCUGCUCGGUCAACUCAAGAACGCCAGCAAUGAUAUUGUCCGUCAUGGUGGUGCUCUCGGCUUGGGUUUGGCUGCACUGGGCACAGCUAGACAGGAUGUUUACGAUCUGCUCAAGUCAAACCUCUAUCAGGAUGAUGCUGUCACUGGUGAAGCUGCAGGCUUGGCUCUGGGUCUUGUCAUGCUGGGCUCCAAGUCGGCGCAGGCAAUCGAGGACAUGGUGGGCUAUGCUCAGGAGACGCAACAUGAGAAGAUCUUGCGUGGCUUGGCGGUGGGAAUUGCCCUGGUCAUGUAUGGACGUAUGGAGGAGGCUGAUGCCCUUAUUGAAAGCCUCUGCAGAGACAAGGACCCCAUCCUGCGGCGCUCUGGUAUGUACACUGUGGCAAUGGCAUACUGUGGCUCCGGGAACAACAAGGCCAUCCGACGCCUGCUACAUGUUGCUGUGAGUGAUGUGAAUGAUGAUGUCAGACGGGCUGCUGUCGAGUCCAUUGGCUUCAUCUUGUUCAGGACCCCUGAGCAGUGUCCCAGUGUGGUUUCUCUCUUGUCUGAAAGCUACAACCCUCAUGUGCGCUGUGGGGCUGCCAUGGCUCUGGGCAUCUGCUGUGCGGGGACUGGCAAUAAGGAGGCCAUCAAUCUGCUGGAGCCCAUGACCAAUGACCCUGUAAAUUAUGUGAGACAAGGUGCCCUCAUUGCCUCUGCCCUCAUCAUGAUCCAACAGACCGAAAUCACCUGUCCCAAGGUGAACCAGUUCAGGCAGCUUUAUGCAAAGGUGAUCAACGACAAGCAUGAUGACGUCAUGGCCAAGUUCGGCGCCAUCCUGGCCCAGGGAAUCCUUGAUGCAGGUGGACGUAACGUGUCCAUCUCUCUGCAGUCCAGGACGGGUCACACUCACAUGCCAUCAGUGGUCGGCCUGCUGGUCUUCACUCAGUUCUGGUUCUGGUUCCCUCUUUCCCACUUCCUGUCCUUGGCCUUCACACCAACUGCUAUAAUCGGCCUCAACAAGGACCUCAAGAUGCCCAAGGUGCAGUACCGCUCCAACUGUAAGCCCUCCACCUUCGCCUACCCACCAGCUCUGGAGGUUCCCAAGGAGAAAGAGAAGGAGAAGGUAUCCACUGCUGUUCUCUCCAUCACAGCCAAAGCAAAGAAGAAGGAGAAGGAAAAGAAAGAAAAGGAGGAGGAGAAGAUGGAAGUGGAGGUCCAGGAGGGUGAGAAGGAGAAGAAGGACGAAGAGAAGAAGAAGGAGGCCGAACCAAACUUCCAGCUCUUGGAGAACCCGGCCAGAGUGAUGCCGGCUCAACUCAAAGUCCUCACCAUGCCAGAGACCUGCCGCUACCAGCCCUUUAAACCGCUCCAUACAGGCGGGAUCAUCAUCAUGAAGGACACCAGUGAGGAGGAGGAGGAGCUGGUGGAGCCCGUCUCAGCACACGGCCCCAAAAUAGAGGAGGAAGAGCAGGAGCCCGAGCCGCCUGAGCCUUUCGAGUACAUUGACGAGUAGAAGUGCUCCCAAAGCGACGGCCUCAGAAGAAGUGAGAUCCCAGCAUGUUGGUCUAGUGUCUCCCCCUCUUCAUCCAUGUAUCCAUCCACCUCUCUGCUUCUUUGACACGUUCCUUUCCUGUUCUGGCCUUCUCAUUUGCCACACAAGGAAUGUUUUACAUUCUCAUAUUGUAUAAUUUUCAGUCCUUAACAAUAAAAAUAACAUAUAUAUAUUAAA